AUGCUUGAAAACAAUUUACCCAUCAUAAGCACGGGGAUUGUUAAGAAAUUCCCACGAAUAGGCAGAAGAAAUAUGUUCCCUUUUUAUGUUAAAGUGCUAAUAUUUAGCUUUUUCUUCUGGAGUUCCUCAAAUUCUAAUGAUAGCUUAUGUAAUAAGCCAUGUGAUGAAAAGCACAAUGAGCCAAGCAUUUUUAAUGUUAAGAAGUUUAGAGUUCUAGCCGAGUAUAAUAGUUAUAAUGGCAGAAGUCUGUCAAGUCUAAAUUCCUUAGAGGAUAUGGAAGAAGACGAAAGAGAAGAACGAUUACGAGAGCUAAUAUCUUAUUAUAAUGUGUUCUUAAAUUAUUACCCACAACUUAACACCAAAGACAAAAUUAUUAGAAUAAAGAAUCCCGAAUUAUCAAUUCGACAGAAUUAUGCAUUUAAUGGAAAAGGAAGUGUACCACAAGAUCAUUCAGAACAUGAAGUAUCAUAUGGAUAUGACGAAGUAGACAAUCUGGAGGACGGGGAAGAAUUUGAAGAAUUCGAAAUUUUCAUUGAAGCUGAACCCAUUGAAGAAUCAGAUUAUCUUGAGGACUAUGUUGACUUAGAUAUAGACAAUGAGGAGAAAGAACUAACGGCACUUGAUGGAAUCCGUGAAGAAAUGAGUACGUUUGAACGGAAAUAUUUGGAAAUUAAAAAUAGAAUUGUUACAUAUAUUAACAGUUUGAAGUUGAAUAGUGAAUCAGUUCAUAAUUACAUUCUUUUAUUUACACAAAUGAAUAUAUUAAUGACCAUUUUCUUUCUACAUUCGGCAGCACGAAAUGUUUUUAUUACCAUGGGUGCUGCGGCGUUGACACUGUUUGCAUUAUAA